AUGGGUGCAUGUGCGUCGAAAGUCAAGAAAAACAAAGAAAAACAUCGAAAAGACGAUGUAUCAACAUCGAAGAAGAAGAAGAGCAAUUCAAUUUGUGAACAAUCAUCAUCAAUCAAUGCUGAUAAAUUUGCCAAUGUGCCUUUCAUAGAUUCGGAAGAGAAGUUACCGACAACACCCACGUUAUCCUCAUCGUCAGUACCACCUCCAGCACCCUCGUCAACGUUGAUUCCCGCCGAUGAUGAUGAUAACGACGAUGAACAAACAACUGUUAAGAACAAUUUCGAAACAACGAUAUCUUAUUCAAAUAACGAAACCAUCGAUAAACUCAAAGAAGAAGUUGCGUCAUUCGUCCGAGAGAAGAUACUGUCCGAUUCGACUGAAAAACAAAAAUUGGUUGAUUAUGUACAUAAACGAAUUAUCGGUACGGCUGACGAGAAAAAACUUAUUAGCGAACAACUUCAACAAUGUUUCGACGAUAUACAACAGUAUAAAGUCAUCGACAAUGAUAACAAUAUCAAAAGACGUUUGAUGAACAUGGUUACCAUCUAUGUCGCAUCACAAUCAUCGGAGAAUUCGUUUUUGAAAGCCUUAUACGAUAAAAUGGGACCAGCACUCGAUUUGAAUUCGUUGAAUGCGGAAACUAGCGAACAUGAAGUUGUUAAUGUUACAGUAACUAAACGUGUUCGACAAGUUUUUCUUGAUAAUUCAACAUCGUUAGUACCAAACGAAAGGGCGCCGAUUAAGAACACGGUCAUUGAAUUGUCGAAUAACGAAUAUAACAUUCCUGACGAUCUACCUGAUGAUAUAAGACGUAAAGCGGAACAAGUACUGAAUAAUUUUAACCAAGUUAUUCAUUCGAAAUAG